AUGAACGUUGGGGAACCCUUCCAUCUCGCGUCAUACCCUAUUUCGCGCCAUAAAAAGUCGCCCAAAAGACAACACUUGUUUGCAACACACGAAAAGGUCGCGUCUGAGGGAUAUGUGACUACUACAGUCCAAGGAGACGGUGUCCAUGUUCUCGAUCUUUCGACAGUACACCCAGUCAUAUCCCAUACACUCGGACCCUCAACAAGCUUCAGUUGCCCAUCUAUUUCGGUGGUAGAGUCGCAACAAAAUGUUUGCAGGACGUAUGCGGUCAUCGCUUCAUCGGCAGAUGUUGAGUUAGACGCCUGUGGACGCACAAUAUGGGUCUGGAAAGAAGAUACCUCUUCAACAGAGCCUUCCUCGCAAACGAAGAAAGUUGCAGUGAUGCCCCACUCAAUUUUCAACAUAUUCUCGCCUUCUCCGAAGGCAAUACUAUUCUCGUCUCCCACUGGCGACUGGACUUUGGCAGACCAGGAUCUCAAUAUUCGAGAUGCGCGCCUACCACUUGCUACGACUUCGACUGUGCUCCACUCCUUCGUCUUUCCGAGCGCGUUCCUGUCAGCAUACUCUGGAUGCACAACCAUCGUCUCACUGGAAGCAACAAAAGAAGGGUUGACCAAUAUUCGCGUUCUCGUCGUGAAAGGGGAAACUGAAGUAGCAGAAUGCGGGGUCUGCGCUCUCCCGAUACUUUCGGACCAAAUUGUCGCUACAUCUUGCAGCGCUUCUGGUUUUCUCACCAUCAUCACAAAGGAUGGUUCCUGGAACUCCUUCCAGCUCGAACAGACCAGCGAUGCUAUCGGCGUCUACGAAGCCGCUCAACCCAUCCGCCUGAAAUCAUUGUCAUUCAUCGGGAACGAAGAUGACCAAGAGAUUUGCUUAGUCGCGCUGAACACAUCUCUUGUAUUCCUCGCGGCCAUUGCCUCGUCUUCCCGAACCAUCGUUCUCCUUAUUUGGGACCUCCAAUACUCUGUCUUACUCGCCUCUCAAAGCUUCGCCAUUCCCUCAACUCUUUCCGGUCUGACUAGUAUAUCUAUCGCAAUCCAGCUGACCAAAUCUACCUCUCCGCAAGCCCUCUUAAUAGUGUCGCCCCCGUUAUCAGACUCAGCACCGCCUAAAUCGACGCGCUCAAGCAUCUUCGCUGUUCCACUCACAUUUCCAAAGUCGUCGACACUGAGCAACGCGAUGGGACGCGCAAGUAUGGAUAAUCAAUGGCUCGAAGUCCCUAAAUCAGAAGAGACGCCGCAGACGAAGAUUGUUCAACAAAUCCAACAGGCCUUCGCAAAGAAAGACUCGGUGAAAGCCGAAACCGCAUUCUUUGCGUGGGCCAAUGAAAAGGAGUCUGACAGCGCUUUUGGUCAUUCCCUCCUCAGCGAUAUCCUCACUGCAGUGCUUCACACCUCCGGCGCAUAUUCUCACAGGAUCGUUAAAUUCCUUCUGGAGAAGCGUGUUGUUAGCGCCAGCAUGGUGGAUGGCGGCUUGUUGACGGCGUUGAAGCAUCACAAUGAUUGGAACGCGAUCCAAGUAUGCACCCAGACUGUGCUCGACAUUUCCGAGUCAGACUUAGUGUUUGUUCUACGAGAAGUGAUUAGGACCAGCUCAGACCCCAACGCCAUGGAAGUCGACUUGCUUGGCACUGCCCCUUCACUCCCCGUAUUCCUCGACUCAUGUGUCCGCUAUCGCACUUCGCCAACAGCCCUGCGGAUAGCUCUCCACGAGUACCUCACCCAAGCCGAAGAGGUCCUACCAGUUUUGGAAAUACUGGACAAGUGGGUCGUCCAUUGGAAAACGGCUCAAGUCGUGGUGAUGCCGUCAAAAAAGAGCAUCCACAAAGACACGUUUGGUGCUUCUGUUCUCGUUGACGAGUGGCGACAUGAACGCGAAGAUCCGGGCCACCCACCACUUCUCAAAGUCCUCAGUUUCUUACAAACACUGUUGGAUGCGUCCUUCCUUCUGCUCCUCCAACACCAGCCGGCCCAUGCUGUCCUGCGACGCGUCAGCGAGCAUAUCGAGCCUGAACUGCGGCUGACAGAGCAGGUGGAUGCACUCAGAGGCCCAUUGGAGGUAUUCGCUCGGGCGCAAGCAAAGGCGGUACGGGAGGCCAAAGAAAAACAGAAUGGGAAAGAAGCUGAUAACUGGAGAGAAAGAAGACGACUGGUGCACGAAAGAACUGGGAUGGCAGUCGGUGCAUUGUAUCAGCUGGAAGAGCUGGUUUUAUAG